AUGACGUUCAGCCAGGACAGCACUUCCUGGUUACGAUGAGGCUAAGCUAACAGCUAGCUCGGCUUGUUGUUGUUCCUCCUCCGCUCAGCGGGGCUCCGCCUCAGUGUCUCUCCCGCGGCUUCAGUCACUGACAGACGGACCGUAGGCUUGGACUUCCACCGUUGAUGCCCCGGGAUGUCUUUCCUGGAGAAGCCUGCCCCCGGCAAGCUGCUACUGGACGACACCGUGCCCCUGACCGCGGUGAUCGAAGCCAGCCAGAACCUGCAGUCCCACACGGAGUACAUCAUCCGAGUCCAGAGAGGCGUGUCCUCAGACAACAGCUGGCAGGUGAUUCGACGCUACAGUGACUUCGAUGUUCUCAACGGCAGCUUGAUGGUGUGUGGGAUCAGUCUCCCUCUUCCUCCUAAGAAGCUGCUUGGAAACAUGGACAGGGAGUUCAUAGCGGAGAGACAGAGAGGACUGCAGAGCUACCUGGACUCCAUCACUCAGCAUCCACUGCUGUGCAGCUCCCUGACCAUCAAGAAGUUCCUGGACCCCAACAACUACUGUGCCAACUACACAGAGAUCGCCCUGCAGCAGGUCGCCAUGUUCUUCAGGUCGGACCUGAAGUGGGAGGUUCAGGAGCCUCUCAAAGACAUUGGCUGGAGGAUCAGGAAGAAAUAUUUUUUAAUCAAAAACAAAGAGCAGCCCAAAGAGAGGUACCUGCUGAGCUGGGUCGACAUCGGUCCUGAUAAGUUCCUGUCGGACAAAGACCUUCAGUCGGCGAUGAAGCUGCUCACCAGCCUCUCUGCGCCAUAUCUCUGUCCGCUGUUGUUCUCCAGCACCAGUGAGUCUUCAGCUCUGCUCAUCCGGCCGUUCAGUGAGCGAGGCUCCCUGAGAGACCACAUCUGUAAGGUGAAGCCCAGAGAGAGUUACCUGAAGAAGUACUGUAACCCGAAGAAGAGCCAGGGCCUCGAACUGCCGCAGAUCAAACUGUACGGCCGGCAGAUCCUGGAGGGUCUGAAGCUCCUGCACGAUGGUGGCCUAUUUUAUGGUCACCUGCAUGCGUCUAACGUCAUCGUGGAGGACGGCGUGUGUCGACUGAUGGACGUGGAGAACGGCAUGCUGGGAGUUCCCUCAACACUACGACCCAGCUUCACCCCGCUCAGGAAGAUCAAUACCGUAGAGAGCAUCGACGUCUUCUGCUUCGGUCACUUACUGUACGAGAUGACGUGUGGCCGCCCGCCAGACGGAGUCCCCGUGGAUCAGUACGCCUCCGUUCCCUACACAGCCGUGGUGUCAGUGCUGCAGUCCAUUCUGUCCUCAGAAGCCUCUAAGAGCGGGAUGCCGACGGUGUCACAGCUCGUCCAGACACCGUUGUUCAGUGAUGUCCAGCUCCAACAGUCAGAGAAACUCCAGAUCAAGGUUCCCAGCCGGCUGAAGGAGGCCCUGAAGACGGCCAAGGAGAGCCUGGAGAGGCGGCUGCAGGAGGAGCAGAGGCUGAUGCACCAGCACAGGAGGUUGACCAGAGCUCAGUCGCACCACGGCUCCGAGGAAGAGAAGAAGAGGAGGAAGAUUCUGGCGAGGAAGAAGUCCAGACAGUCGGCUUAUGAAAAUGAAGAAGACCUCUCUGUCAGAAACAACAAUAACUCUGGUUCUGGAGCCAGUUCUCCUCCCACAUGCCCAUCCUCCCCCACCCCCCCAUCCACCACAGAGCAUGCUCCAUUCUGACCAUGUCGCUGGGUAAAGUAAAAGCUUUAAUGGCGCUAAUGAUAAUGAUGAUGAUGAUGAUGAUGAUGAAGGUCUCUGGUUGUUUUUAAAAGCUGUCGUACACCCGGGCCUCCCAGCAAGCUCCUGGUCACAAAGACCUGUCGCAACAUUAUGAGAUCCAGUCAUGAAGAAGACGACACCUAGUUGAAACCUGAGGAACCACAACACUCUCAUGGUCGCAAACAUUCACCAGGUCAUCGCAGCGUUUUUCAGCCCAGACGUUCGAAAGGCGCUUAUGAAAAAGUUUGAUAAAGAUGUAUUGCCUCUUAAUAUUUGUUAUUAAACCUAAACAAUCUUACUUCAGCUCUUAAUUCUGAUUUUACUUAGUAGCCCAUCCUGGAGUGUAUCAGUCAACCUGACAGCGCUCUCUGGUGGACAAACUAUACUUUUACAUUUCUCCACCUCAACUUCUUGAUGAUAAUUGUCUGACGAAUACAUUGAUUAUUAUAAUUCAUAUCUGGCUCGUAUUCACAUUCGCAAAUUACAAAACUAUGAUACUUGGAUCAAAAUGUUUGUAAGAGAAAUGAGAGCUCACCCGGACAAACCUACUCUCGAGUGUAGUUUGAUUAUAAUUCAACAAAAAACCCAAUAAGCCUGUUUAUUUCCUUCAAUGAGAACUUCCCUUGAUCCUUUAUAACAUGUAUGAAAUAUAUAUAUUUUAUUCUUCAUUCAACCUGAGAGGGAAGCCAUCAGUUUAGAAACAAUCUCCAUCUCAACUCUCUCUAACACCGUGUCAUCAUAAACCAAACUGCCAGAGGAUGAUGAAGAUUAAUUUUACAUCUGAAAAGUUAGAAAAACAAAAGAAGAAUGUUGCAGCUGAAGUUUCUCGAGUGUGAGGACGUGUCUUGCCUGGAUGAGGGUGUACGCACAUCUUUAUGAAAACCUCACAAUCUGCAAUGAUUUCCAAAACGUCUCAGACGGUCCAGCCCCCCCCCCCCCCCCCGACUCAGACCUGGUGUUCUCAUUGGAGAUUGUGACCCGUCUGUUCUGUCGGUUGGCAUGUCUGUCUGUUCCUCUGUUUCCUUCUCUGUUCCUGUCUUGCGCUUCAUGUGUUUUGGGAUUUCACAGUGGAGACGUCUCGGAUGUUAAACACUUAUGGAACUGGUCAUUUCUUUUAAGCUAUUAGCUGUGAAGGGUUUUUUUUCCUCUCAAAGUCUAAUAGAACUCUUCAAUACCUCAUUUUGAAGCAUUUCUUUGGUUUUGUUUUGUUUACUCAGAUCAUUCUUCGUCCUCAGAAAGCUUGAGCACACAAAUUAAAUUGCAUUGUGUAGAAUCAUCUGAGUAUCACAUCAAAAACACUCAAGGUCACUGCAGCUGUAAUGAAAGUCAGUUUGUUCCUCAACCUUCCUGGAGACAAUCACUGCUGUCAUUACUCACAUCUUUAACGAAUCUGUGGAAUGACUAAAACUCCUGUUGUGUUCAUCACAGCAAAAAGAAACUGGUUUGUCCACUGAUGACAUCGUCUGUAACCAGGCAGAGUGUCUCUUGUCUCCAGGUCUGGUUAGAAUCUUUCAAACUGAGGGAUCAUUACGUAGCAGGGACGUCGUUGCACAGUGAGAGAGCCGGAGUCUCUGGUCUCAGCUUCAUGCUUGAGCUCCGCAGCGUUUUUCUUUGCUGCCUGUCGUCACCCCUGGGUUUCAUCUGGUUCGGGAAGAGAAGUGUCACAAGUGGAAGAGAAGUUCCAGGUUCAUGUUCAACUCACCAUCAGUUCAAACGUGGUUCUGACCAAACAAAUGGACUGAACUCUGUUUGGAGAACCCAGGGACAGUAGCUCAGAAAGUACAAGACACAGUCCAGGAUCCAAUGGAGCUCUUGACUUGAUCUAUGUAAAUGAAGCCCGGAAUCGAACCUUGUCAAUAGCAUGAAAAACUAUUGACAACCUGAACUGUAGGUUGAGUUGAACUGGUGGUGGAUUGAGUUCAGCCUGGACACUGAUCUGCAGGUGCUGGUUUCACAAAGAUUAACUCUGGAAAAGCCACAGACCACAGAAUAAUAAUAAGUCAUCUUUUAUAAAAAGGUUAAGUAGUUAACUAAAAGCUUUGGUAAGUAUAUAUCUCACCAAACCUUUUAUAAAUCUUCGUUAAGCCGUUAAGCAACACCAGCGAUUUUUAAAGAUACAGCAUGAGGUGAAUUUCUGUCAAAAAUGUCAUAACUCGAUCAAAUCUAAAUUACAAAAGAACAUCAGAGAUAAAUGGUUUGGAUGAACCCAAUGUUUUUUUUAUUUAAUCACAGAUUUAAAAGAUGCUUACCAAAAAUACAGACUUGGUGUGAAAGACCUUCUAGACCCCUUCCCUUUAACUCUUGAUUAAUUCCCUUUACACAAUAGUGCUGCAUUUAUCAUUCACCUGCAGCUUAUUGAUAUCACCAGCAGUAGAUGAUGUUGACUCUUCUGAAAGUCUGAAAAUCCACCUUUUAUUAACGAUAUAAGUAAAUAAACUUGUUCUUGUUAAUGGCGUAUAACUGAUCUAUAAAGGAUUCAAAAAUCAUGUAGUAACCAUUUCAUUUGAAUGAAGCUAUUAGUUAAAAACCCUUUUGUAAAAGGUGUCUUAUUAGAAAGUGGAACAAAAAUUGAAGUAAAUUGUCGAAUGAGCUGACGUCUGGUGAUAUAACUUCUUCUCCUCAUUUUCUAAUCUUCAGCCAAACAAAUUGCUGUGAUAUGAAAACCGCUCCUGAGACUAAAGAGUGAACAGAUCUUUGUGUAACCAACCUCUGGGGACUUGGGGAAAGUGAAAGUGACUAGAAACCGCUGCUCUCUCUCAUUCCUUCCUUUUUCCUUCUUCUCUCGUUAAUCCAGGAGCCCAGACUUCUCCUCCUCCUCCUCCACCUCCUCCUCCUCCCCCUCCUCCUCCUAUGCCGGGCUCUUCCUCCUGUCCUCCUCCUCCUCCUCCCCUGUCUUCCUCUGAUGGCGCAGGGGGAGGUCGUUCUGCUCUGCUCAGCUCC